CUCCCUCCCACGCGCCUCUCUCUCCUCGCCGUCGUCGCGGAGGAUCCUAGGGUUUCGUUCGCCGGGGCGCCGGCUCGCCGCCGGCGUCCACAGAGUCAGCAGAAGCGUGCGUGGGAGCGCCUCCCCCAGCCCGUACUCUCGCUCUCGACCCCCCCUCCUCCUCCCCGUGUAAGCUUCCCGCGGGCGAGGGAUGGACGAGUGGGUUCGCCAGGCCGAGGCGUGGGUGGGGCGGGCCGAGAUCUGGAUCCGUCAGCAGCCCCCCGAGCAGAUUUACCUCGCCGUCGCGGUGGUCGCCGUGACGGUUCUGUUGCUCGUCGCAGGUGUUUCGUGCCUGAAAUCCUCAAAACCAAACACCAUAGUGCUAUCUGGGCUCAGUGGUAGUGGCAAAACUAUCCUUUUCUAUCAGCUUCGGGAUGGAUCUUCACACCAAGGAACUGUGACUUCAAUGGAACAAAACAAUGAUACAUUUGUGCUUCAUUCUGAGUUGGAGAGGAAAGGCAAAAUAAAGCCUAUUCAUGUCGUGGACGUUCCUGGUCAUGCAAGGCUCAAACCCAAGCUCGAUGAAGUCUUGCCUCAAGCAGCUGGGAUAAUUUAUGUUGUUGAUGCUCUAGAUUUCUUGUCUACUGUGCAAGCUACUGCAGAGUACUUGUAUGACAUUCUGACAAAGGCAACUGUAGUGAAGAAGAGGGUUCCUGUUCUGAUAUUCUGCAACAAGACAGAUAAAGUUACAGCUCACUCAAAAGAAUUCAUCAAGAAGCAAUUGGAAAAAGAAAUAAACAAACUCCGGGAGUCUAGGAAUGCCUUAUCAUCGGCUGACAUCACUGAUGAAGUCAAGCUUGGGAACCCUGGAGAAGCAUUUAACUUCAGCCAGUGCCAGAACAAGGUGACAGUUGCCGAAGGUGCUGGUCUGACUGGUAAUGUUUCAGCGGUUGAACAGUUCAUUCGUGAGUAUGUGAAAGCUUAGUAGGUCUUGAGAGUUGCCCCAUCUUUACAGAAUAGGGUUUGUGUUUUGUUCAAAAUUGUUGAUCUGAGCGGAGACUGAUUUUCCUGAUGGAAGAAGAAGAAAAACCUUCAUCA